GGUUUGAUAAGCUCUCAAGUCUGUUUAUUUGUUUUUCAGGAGCUCACACGAUUCCAGUUAACCUGUAUUUGCACCCUAAACAUUUAUAUAUCUUCACCCACUCAUAAGAUCUUUUUGAUAGAGACUGACUUGCUUUGUGUUUCAUACACAAUUGGGUAUUGUAAAUGGAGUCGCAUCAGAGAGCGUCGUUUAUCUAGGCCAGCACUACCCCAGUUUGUUUGUGACCACAUUGUUGUGGUAUCUAAUGUACUGUCUACAGUAACGGCCUCCACAGGAAGAGGGUCGUAGGUUGAUGUGUGAUUGGUUGAAAUGCUGAGAGCUACUUUCCUCUCACAGCACACUUGUACUCGAGCUUUAUUAUCUGAUUGGGGUGUGUAUAGAGUGUAGUGUCUAAUCUAAUGUGCCGUUUUUACUUAUUGAUCUUGGAGACGUUUGCGCAGGUAAGGCUGCUUUACAUUACUUUGAUUUCAUAUGUUUUUUGUUUUUGGAGGUUGACGAUGACUUUUUCAAAAUAUCUCUUGCCCUUUUUACCAGAAUUGAUACGACACAGGUGAUGUCUGCUGUCAACACAGCAGUAAUAUUUCUGAGCACUGCUAUUUGCCGAGGGCCUUGUACUGCCACAUGUGACUGUGUAUGUAAGCCAAGGUUGCCAUUUGUUUUAGCUUGAUUCUUCUAGAUGACAGGCAUUCAUGACAAUUUGGGAUACACACACACACACACACACAUACACACACACACUGACCACUGGCAUCCAGAUCGCCUGGUAUUCUGUUUGCCUACGAUUUCGCGUUUCGCUCAUUUCUCUUAUGCGUUUUCUAAAAUGUCUUAUCUUCAGUUUCUGCUGCUUUUCACACUAAUCUCCACUGGUUCUACUCUGUAAGGCAUCAUUGUCUAAGUUAGGAGCAUGAUGGGAUCACCAUGUGUGUUGGUGUAGUUAGGCCAUUAGAUUUAAAGUUGUACAACAGCAGUCGCUACAGGAACUUAAAGGCCUGCGUGAUAUUGACAUUAAAUUGAGUAUUUAGAAAAAUGCCAUAUGUUGUGAUAUAAUGCAGCUCUUUUUACUCCGUGUAUUGUCGUUUAUUCUAAUUGUGGGACCUGUUGUUACGGCCCAUUUAAUAAACACAUAACAUCAAACCACACUUGUAAAACCGACAAAGAGGUAGCCUCAUCUCUUCUGCUGAUUUGAUGUGGUGAUUAUGACUUCUUUCUGCGUGGGGUGACCCGCUGUGAGGAAGCCCCGCUGCUAAAGUGACUUUUACUUGCACAGAGGGAUUUACAGAAUGUGGGUGUUCUGGGUACUUCUAAUCAGAAGUGUGUCAUCAGUUUGUAACUGUAUCACACGCUGCAGUGUUUGCAAAACACUUAUCUGUUGGACAUGUGAACCGCCUCUUCCUGUUAGCUGCACAGUGUGUUUGUGUGUGUGUAUUGUUUGUGGUGAGAGGAGACUGGUGAUGUUCGAGUACUGAAGUACUGAAAUACUCAGAGGAAAUAUUCUAACAGUUUUUUUUUUUUUUAAAUAAAUAGAGCUUAUAUGGCUCUUUUUUUGUACUUUAAGUCCUGAUAACACUGACUUUAAUUUACAAGAUGUUUCCUUUGAGUUAUUUCUUGACUCAAUCCUGUAAAUUGUUUAACUGCUGCACAUUUAGUCUGCACUGUGUCUGUGCGCGUGCCUCCGUGUUGUUGGGCUUCCUAACAACUUCCCGCCUGUCACUACAUCCAUUGAUGAAAUAACCUCAGGUGAACAGCUGCACGGCUCAGGUCUCACUCACACAUAAACACAAUAAAACAAGGACUAAUGUAAAUCAUGAGUUCAGGCAAAUGUGAGCCUUGUUAAACACUAGUACAAUCAGAAAGCUUGUAAAGACGUCAAUUUCAUUUGUCCCUUUUUUAAUGAGCUGAAAGUAGAUUGAAGACGUUUUAACUAGAGGAUUGUUGUGUGUGGUUUGUGUUUUUCUUCUACAUGUGUGGGAGAACAAUAAGAGAAACAGCCCGAUGACUACACUUCCAUAUGUUAUGUGGGAGGAAAAAAAGUUUUUUUUUUAUUUUUUUGUUUUUUUUAAACAAGCCCGUUGCUGGGUGUGGAGUGGUGUCUUCGUGUGUGUGUGUGUGUGUGUGUGUUUGAGGACUCAUGUUUCCUGGGUUUGUUGUAAAGUUAUGAGUGUGUCUCUACAAACAACUGCAGUCAUGUGACGCAGAGCACUCACUGACUCACUCAGCCGUUGUGCAGCGUCCCCUCGGAUCCUCACUGAGUGUAUUUUUCCGAUCACUACCCUCCUAGAAACACCAAUCUGCUGCUUGAUGUUGAUGGAAUGGAUCCUUUGCUUUCCCUAUACCUCUCUUCUUUUAUCUUUUUUUUCUUUCUCCGAGUCUGAGCUUCAGCCCCCUCCCUCCCUACUUCUUACCCUUUUCCAUGAGGCCUCUGUACUCUGCCUUCCAGAGCUACACCGGAGGCCUCUCUAUCCGCCCUCUCAUUGGCUAAGACCGACCACAUGGUCAUGGAGUGGGCCGCCCUUGCUCCGCUAUCCGCCCAGCUCUCUGGGUGUUCACAUGGAAUAACUCUACAGCUGCAGUGGGAAGGGAGCAGGGGCCGGGAGAGACAGCGAGCCCAAAAUGGACAUGGCUAACCUAUUCAAACAUUUCUUUCGAAUUGGGAAGGUGAAGAGCAGAAAGGGGGGGAUGAGAGACACGGCCUCCAACGCAGACACCGGAAUGGCCGAAGAUAACGGCGAGCGGCUGUACGACCUCAACCUGCCCGCCUUGGUCAAGUUCAGCUACACAGCAGAGCGCGAGGACGAGCUGUCCCUGGUGAAAAGCACACGGGUCGUGGUGAUGGAGAAGUGCAGCGACGGCUGGUGGCGCGGUAGCUACAGCGGGCGGUCUGGCUGGUUUCCGUCCAACUAUGUGACAGAAGACAUGGAUGGGACGGCGGGAGGAGGGGGCAUGGGUGGGCUCGGAGACCCGGCUGGAUCGCUAACGGAGAAGCUGGCGGCCGUGGUGAACAGCACCACGAACGGGAACAGAGUGCUGCACACGGUUCAGGCGCUCUACCCUUUCAGCUCGGGCAACGACGAGGAGCUUAACUUUGAGAAAGGCGAGGUGAUGGAGGUCGUGGAGAAGCCAGAAAACGAUCCGGAGUGGUGGAAGUGUCGCAAAGCCGACGGACAACUGGGCUUGGUGCCUAAAAACUACGUCACGGUGCUGGACUCCGCCUCCCAUAAAUCCGCAGCAGGGCCUGCUGGGCCGCCCACACCCGACUGUGACUACAUCUCGCCCUCAGGCACCGGGCGCUUCGCGGGGAAAGAGUGGUACUACGGAAAGGUGACGCGCCACCAGGCGGAGGUGGCCCUCAACCAGAGAGGGGUAGAGGGGGACUUUCUCAUCCGAGACAGCGAGUCAUCGCCAAACGACUUCUCCAUCUCCCUGAAGGCGCAGAGUAAGAACAAGCAUUUCAAAGUGCAGAUGAAAGAAAGCCUUUACUGCAUUGGACAGCGCAAGUUCAACUCUAUGGAAGAGCUUGUUGAACACUACAAAAAGGCCCCCAUCUUUACCAGUGAGCAGGGAGACAAACUGUACCUGAUCAAGGCCCUGGCUGCCUCCUGAUCCCUCUGUUACACGCACACGCACACACACACACACUCUUCCACGUGCGCACACACACCUAUACAGCAACUGCAUCCCGAUAUAUACAUACAGAUCCUUACGCCAGAACACACACACUAACAUUUAAACUCCAAGCCUGAGGACUUUAACACAUCAUCAGGACUUAAAUGCCCGAUUUGUGAGCAUUCCAAGAGGAGGUAUGGGAGACACACGGAGGAACGGAAGGGGGAGACAAAAAGACUAUGGACUUGAGUUGACUACAGACUUCUCGGUCGCCUAUUUUAAAUUAUCCAGAUGUGUUAGGUCAUAGGCAAUGCCAUUUAUUUCCACCUUGAUAUCUAUUAGAGUUGCCCUUAGUUUCCCCUUUUUUUGUUUUUGUUGAUAAUAUAUAAUCUUUUUUUUAACAUUUUCUUUUAAAAAAAUGUGAUGACUUUUAACUGUCCAAUUCACAACAACCACCCGUCUGUGGCAUUCUUCAGAUGUUCACAAACUCGCCUACAGAGGUCGACAUUUCAACUCAUUUUUACGUUGUCUGUCUUCAUUUUUUCUUUUAUGAUUGUGGACACGCUAAUCCACGACUCCUGCUAACUGCUAAUCAUGAAUAAAAACUAAGUGACCAAAAUAUAUUUAUUGAUACAAUUCUGUUAGGAUCAUAGUGGUAGAGAUUGCAAUAUCGCACUCGCGCCGCCGUCUGCGGUUUGGAGGAUUUGGAGGAUUCCUCCUCUUGUGCAAAGUCAAACUUGGUUGUUCAAAUUUAUUUUUGUACAACAGAACUGCUUGUCUCACAUAUUGCUGUAUCCAUAUCAUGUGAAUGUUACAAAAGCCGAGGCAUCGCAGACAGAGGGGGGCCGACUUUGCAUGCGUGCAUGCAGACGGACGGAAAAGUGUCCUCGCGCUUCCACUGCUUAUCUCCCAAAAGAGAGACGGUCUUCAUGAGUGAUGGGGGAGUUUGUCCAUGUGUCCAGAGUUCAUGUGAAGAGUCAGAAAGUACUUUCCCCUCAUUGUCUGGAGACUACCCCCCCCCCCCCCCCCACCCCCAGCCCCCCUGCUGGAGUGUGACUGACAGCUGAUGCUAAAGGGGAUGUUUCUCUGGAGAUGAGGAAGGAGGAGGGGGCAGCAGCAGUAGUGCAGCUUCCAAACACACACCAGUUCUGUGGAGCCGGGAGGGGGAAAUGGAGGACCAGUGUAGGCAGUCCAGAGGAUGAUGUCACUGCUCCUGAAUUAGUUAUCACUGGAGGGAAUGGAUGAGUUAAGGGGUCACCCAGGGGUUGCGUUUGUGCGGUUGCAGCACACAUACAUCAUGCUAGGAGACGCCCUCUUCCUCGAGGACUCGCAAAAGGUUUCCAGAAAAUAAUUGCUUUCGGCUAGUAAAAGAAAUGCUAGGUAUUUUGUUUGAUAUCUGGGUGUUUAUUUCCACGGUCAAUAUGUCUUAAGAAAGUCUCCUAGUUUGGGGGAAUCCAGCUUUGUUUUCCCCCAAACGUAUGGUCAGUGUCAAGUUAGAAUAAUGUGCACCUAGAGGUGUUCAGCAGAACACAUGGUUUGUAUUUACAGUGAAUGGGUAUUUGUUGAGUGAAAAUGGACCAAGUAGUGUUUUGAAUGUUGAAGUGGGCAGCUAGCACCAGCGCCUGCAAUCAGAGCUGCAGCAGCGCUGGCCUGAGAGCCACUCGGGGAGAUGAUGAGUUCUCCAGCCGGGGCCAGUUGGACCCUAGUGCAGAGAGGGAGAGAAGGGGGGGAAGAGGGGAUUUCGUAGUGGAGCAAUGGAAAAAUGGACCUUAAAAAACAAAAGCAGUGAAGUAGGAUCCAGGGAGGAGACUUGGAGAAUGUGUUCCACUGAAGAGAGUAUCUGGAUUACCGCUCCCAGUCCAGUAAAUGAAAUGAACGAGGGCCAACGCCGAUGUAUCUUAGUAGAAAAGAGAGGAUUUUGGAUUGGAGGGGCUUGUAAGGUCUAAUUGGUCAAAGCAUGAAAAAGUCAGUCAUGCCACAAGGAACUCAGAACAUGGGUGUGAACCUUUUUUCUCUCUCCGUUCCCCAGAUGAUUGACAGAUCUAUUCAUGCCAGAGCUGUGGGUUUCUCUCCGUUUUGAAGCUGUAAAAAGAUGAAUUCUAAACAGUGCAACAAUUACCUUUCAGUUUGAUUUAUGACUGGUUAAAAAUUGCAAGUUCUAAUUAUGCGCCUGCAGUACUAGCAGUCAAUUCAUUUAAGUGAGAUUACAUCUUCUUAAAUGGUACAAAAACAUUCCAGGAUUAAACGGCUUCUGUCGGGACUCAAAGUUCUUGUCUAAUACCUAAACAUGUAUCAGUAUGGCUAGUGUUUUUUUUUUUUUUGUUUUUUUUUUUGAGAUUUAGGACCCGAAAUGAACAAAAAACAAACAUGUAAGGUGUUUGUGCCUGGAUUCCCUUCAUUUUCAGUUCUCCCCUUUUUGGUUUCUGUGUCACCAGAGAAGUAUUUGUGUUACAGGAAUCCUGUCGCGUGUCCUUUAUUACACCCGAUCCCCGGCUGUUGAAUCGGUGCCCUUUUCUUCUGACACUUUACGUGAGACGGUGUUUGCCUACAGUGAUAACCAACUGCUAAACAACCACCCGUGUUUUUUCUUUUGUGAACGUUCCUCCCUGACUUCCAGUUCUACAGCAUCAGUAAUAUUACACAGCAUUAAAGUGACAAACGCCAACGCAAUGUGCUCCACUUUGAAGGAUUUAGGAGAUGUUAAUGUGCCUUCACAGCUUUCUGUCAACCAAAGGUUUAGUCCCUUCCUUUGUUCCCUUCUUCCCACCUCUCGUCACCACGGUGUGCUAUUUGGUUGAAGCUUUGCAUGUGCGUCUGAUUAGUGAGCGUUUUGUUGGGGUGGCAUCCUUGUUGAGAAAGGGAAUUUCCUCAUUUAGCUGUCGGCUGAAAAUGUCAUUGUCUAACGUUUUGUUUCUUUUUUUUCUGUCUCGCAUAAAAUGCCCAUUAGGUGAUACUGUGUGUAGUUUCAAGUGACCUUACCUUUGCCGAGUUCAUCAAGUAUACCUUCUGAAGUGAAGUACAUAAAUGCCUACAUGUACAGUAUAACAUAUGUGCUGAUGUUCAUUCAGAACCAUAACCCCCCCAGGUGUGAUGUGAUCAUGACCUGAAUCUCAUGUAUGAGCACCUCGAGUCACGGCAUCACACAUCGUUGGUUGUGAAGAAACUGUCAAGGUUUGUUUUCUUUAAUGUCUGUAUGUAUUUCAUAUAAGACGAGUGUAAGACAUUCACUUUUUCAGUUUAGCCACUUAAAUAUGUAAAAAAAGAAAUCCUCAAUACGUAAAUGUUUUACUUGAUAUUCAAAUACAGAACUACAGUAUCUCCUCCCUGCUUAGGUAUUGUUAUAAACUGGGAUCUUUUUACACCAAUGGAGGCUGCAUGAGCAGAGCCUUGUAGCUGUACAGACAUGGUUUUAAAUCUGCUUAAAAAAAAGACACCGACAGUUGUGACGGAUAUUAUCGAGAGAUCGUUUAUCAAACUUUUUUUGGUGAUCAAGAACUACAGUGCAGCCGGACAUCUUUGUUUCGACUGCUAAACGAGCCUGAGAUGAUCUUGAAUCUCCAGAUUUUGAUUUCUUGAUAAUAUUCAGAACAAAUGACCCAGUGUUCAACUUUGGUGCUUUCGUGCUGCUUCUUGGUGUUCUUUGUCUCACAAAGCUUUUUCCUGUAUGAGGCAGAGGGUGAAGAAAACGGAUCCAUGCUGUGGAAUGAUAAAGACAGUGCUGUGAAAUUGAAUGUCAUGCUCUUAAUACUGUUUUUAUGGAGGGGAUUGUCUUCAGGUGUAAUAAUUUAGAAGAGUUUAUUAGUGUUCAAAAGACGUAAUAAACAGCAUAAAAAUGA